CAUUAGAGACCCAGGAGCCACCGACCAUGGGUUUCUCUGUAUUUAGUCCCACCGGAAACCUGGAUGGUGUCCCUGGGUUCUUCCAAGUGGUCUUUCUGCUAAGCCUAUUUCUUGUGCUGUUCAAGGUAGUCCAUUUCUACCUGCAGAGGCAGUGGAUGCUCAAAGUCUUCCAGGAGUUCCCGACCAUGCCCUUCCACUGGCUUUUGGGGCACAACAUGAAGGACGAGGAGCUUCAGCAGAUUCUAAAAUGGGUGGAGAGAUUUCCAAGUGCCUGCUUACACUGGCUCUCGGGGAGCAAUGCACGAGUCCUGUUGUAUGACCCUGACUAUGUAAAGGUGAUUCUGGGGCGAUCAGAUCCAAAGGCUUCUGGUAUUUACAAUUUCCUUUUACCUUGGAUUGGUUACGGCUUGCUCCUGUUGAAUGGGAAGAAAUGGUUCCAGCACCGGCGGAUGUUGACCCCAGCCUUCCACUAUGACAUCCUCAAGCCCUACAUCAGAAUCAUGGUGGACUCUGUCAAUAUAAUGCUAGACAAAUGGGAGAAGCUUGAUGACCAGGACUACCCCCUGGAGAUCUUUCACGAUAUCUCCUUGAUGACACUGGACACUGUCAUGAAGUGUGCUUUCAGCCACCAGGGCAGUGUCCAGUUGGAUGAAAAUUCCAGGUCCUACACCAAUGCUGUCAGUGAUCUGAACAGCUUGACCUUCUUUCGAAUAAGAAAUGUCUUUUAUAAGAACACCACCAUCUACAGCAUGUCCUCUGAUGGCCGUUUGUUCAACAGUGCCUGCAAGAUCGCUCAUGAGCAUACAGAUGGGGUGAUCAAGAUGAGGAAGGCUCAGCUGCAGAAUGAGGAAGAGCUGCAGAAGGUCAGAAAGAAGAGGCGCUUGGAUUUCUUGGACAUCCUCUUGUUUGCCAAAAUGGAGGAUGGGAACAGCUUGCCUGAUGAGGACCUGCGUGCAGAGGUGGACACAUUCAUGUUUGAGGGCCAUGACACCACAGCCAGUGGACUCUCCUGGAUUUUCUAUGCUCUGGCCUCCCACCCUGAGCACCAACAGAGAUGCAGAGAGGAGGUGCAGAGCAUCCUGGGUGAUGAGACCUCUAUCAGCUGGGAACACCUAGACCAGAUGCCCUACACCACCAUGUGCAUCAAGGAGGCCCUGAGGAUCUACCCACCUGUACCAGCUAUCAGCAGAGAGCUCAGCACACCUGUCACCUUACCUGAUGGACGCUCCUUACCCAAAGGUGUCACAGUCACAAUGUCCAUUUAUGGCCUUCACCAUAACCCAAGUGUGUGGCCAAACCCAAAGGUGUUUGACCCCUCUAGAUUUGCACCAGAUUCUUCUCGGCACAGCCAUGCUUUCUUACCCUUCUCAGGAGGAGCAAGGAACUGCAUUGGGAAACAGUUUGCCAUGAACGAGCUGAAGGUGGCCGUGGCCCUGACCCUGCUCCGCUUUGAGUUGUUGCCAGAUCCCAGGAGAGUCCCAGUCCCUGUUGCAAGACUUGUGUUGAAGUCCAAGAAUGGGAUCCACCUGUGCCUCAAGAAACUAAGCUAA